AUGCCUCGAACUCGUACUUCUCAAUCCUCUCAGUCAUCUUCUCAAUCCUCUAUCUCUGGAAUUCUUCAUGACUCGCCAUUAGAACCCAUAUCAUCACCCUGUCCGACUGCCGCAUCCAUAUCUUUAUCACAUAAGGACAAGAUCCCUUGCCCAUUCAAAAUUUCUGAUGGAUGUCAUGGUGGUGUUGGUGUGAAACCUCAAACACCCCCAUUGGUUGAGACUGUUGAUGACAUCAAUGGAACUGUGGCAGCAACCCUAUCUCUUGAGACGCUGGACUUAAUCUUUCAGAGGCAGAUAACAACCACUAACCUGCUGGAAUUAUCUAAUCCAAUCACACAACCCAGGAAGCCUGCCAAGAAGAAGAAGAAAGAUGCUAACCUGGAGGCGCGCAGGAAAAAGUUGAGCUACGGCCAUUAUACAACAGAAAUACGCAUUUUAUCAUCUAAUGGCGUUGCCCCCUCUACUCCUGACACCCUCCAUGAUCUGCAGCAAAAACACCCAUAUGCACCACCUCCAAGAAUCCAUGCAGAUUCCAUAGCAGAUGUUUCACUGUCUGUCGACACUAAGGUUGUAUUGCAGGCUGUGAAAAGAUUUCCAAAAGGAACUUCCUGUGGCAGAGAUGGUCUUAGCGCUCAACAUUUGCUAGAUGCUCUUAGUGGUGCUGCCGCUGCUGUUUCUAAUAAACUUAUACUGUCCAUUGUCGGCGUUAUUAAUCUCUGGUUAGAAGGCGAUUGCCCUCCAGUUCUUGGCGAGUAUGUAGCAAGUGCUCCACUGACUCCGCUUAUUAAGCCUGGUGGUGGCUUGAGACCCAUCGCAGUGGGUACAAUUUGGAGACGUUUUUGCUCCAAACUAGCAGCUAUGUCUGUAUGUAAAGAAAUGACAACAUAUUUAAGAAAUCAUCAAUUCUCUGUUGGUAUACCCUGCGGCAGUAAAGGCAUAUUACAUUCCACAAACAGGCUUAUUGAACUGAAAGGCGACCAAGACAACAUGACUAUGUUGCUCAUCGAUUUCACUAACGCCUUCAAUUUAGUAGACAGGACUGUGUUGAUACAAGAGGUUCGUGCCAGAUGCCCAAGCAUAUCCAGGUGGGUUGAGCUUUGCUACUCCAAACCAGCCAGACUUUACUAUAACAAUUUCAUGCUAUCUUCAGGAAAAGGUGUUCAGCAGGGAUAUCCUUUAGGUUCGUUACUUUUCUCUCUUAUCCUACAUCCUCUUGUGAACCGAAUUGCUUCCGAGUGUACACUCGAUUUACAUACAUGGUACAUCAACGAUGGUACCAUUGCAUGCGACACUCUAGAAGUGGCGAAAGCCCUCAGAAUCAUUCAACAGGAAGGACCAACAAGGGGAUUACUGCUAAAUGUCAGUAAGACCGAAAUAUUCUGGCCAACAAUCGAUUUGAGAAAAGAUGAACCUGGCGUCUUCCCUUCUAGUAUUAGCAAGCCUUAUACUGGUGUCAAAGUUCUGGGAGGGUCCGUGAUUCGCGAUGCACAGUACUGCAAUGACAUGGUGCUUUAUCGAGUUGUGAAGUCUACACAUUUAAUGAAUACCAUUAAAAAGCUGCAGGAUCCGCAGAAGAAAACCAUAUCUGGACUUCAAGGCCAUGAGAGGGUUGUUACUAAAGAUGUUAAGGAGACCAAAACUUCUAUUGUUGUUGCUUUAGUGAUGGAAGAAACCAAACCAAGAGCAGAAGAGACUGUCCUAGAAGAAGUUGUUGUCGAAGUUGCUCCAAUAAUUGAGAAUCUUAUAGUGAAGGAAGGCAAGAUUGCUAGAUUAACUGAAGAGAUGAACAUGCAAAAGGCGGCCUUACAAGUAUUGAAGGAUGCAGAGGACAGAAAAUCUUACUUUGCUGAUUUUCUUUGA